GGAUCAUCUCGUUUCUGGGUUGUUCCUGGACCUUGUAUAACUGCUAAGGCAGGUUAGGUAGCUAACCCAAUGGACAGGGGGGUGGACAGGGCCCUUGGUUCUUGCAUACCGGGCAUGGGGACGGACAGGGAAGAAGAGGGGCUCGAGCUCAGCCUGUCGCUGCACCCGUCGCCGACGUUGCCGCCGAGGUUCCAGGCGGUGUUCUCCUGCUGCUACUGCCCCAGGAAGUUCCGGAGCUCGCAGGCGCUUGGAGGCCACCAGAACGCGCACAAACUGCAGCGCAACCUGGCUAGGCGCGGCCGGGAGGUCGCGUCGGCGCCGGUGGCGGCGGUAGCCGACCAAGGUAAUAAUGCGCCCGCCGGCAGCGAGAGCGCGCCGCCGCCGCGUUCCACGGCGGAGCUGGGUGCCGAUGCGUGGGGAGGGGACAGGCGUCAUCGUCACCGUCCCCAUCCUCAUGAGGGGUCAGCAGACGAUGCGGCAGCUUCAUCCGGUGCAAGAGGCACCGGAGACGAUGCAGAGGAGAUUAUUGACCUAUCCCUGAAGCUAUGAACUCAUGUAUGUAUGAGCUAGCACUAGCAGCAGCUCCUCUUCUCUUCCAUUAGGUUGCUUAGUCUCUUUCACGUCAUUUCUUGUUCGAUCUACCAUGUUAUUCCUAGUCUCGAUUGCCUUAUGGACUCAUGCAUGAUUGAGCGAUUGUAGUGUUCAGUUCAGGGAUCACGCACGGAUCAAUUCAGUAUUUAGUUGCACUCAGAAGAAGCUUUUUAUGGAACUCCUUGUAUUAGUAUUGGU